GUCACCAUUGGAAGGCAUGCGCUCUAUAAGUACCGGCGGUUCUGCCGCGGCGGCUCGCGAGCUCGGAUGUGUGCUCAGGAGGAGUGACACGUGCGGGAAGGGAAUAGAAACAUUUUUUUAAAAAUUCAAACCAAAAAAAAAAAAAAGUAACCUGCCCGGCCGGGAGUUUUAUAUCAUUUUUGUGUACUUUUAGAAGAAAAAAAAAAAAAACUCAAAUUUUGCUUGAACUGGGACGAAAUUAAAUCCCCAUAUUGGCAACCAUGGGACGAGGAGAAGGACGAGAGCAGUAUGAGCUGGCUGCAACCUCGGAGCAGGGCGGCAAGAAGAAGGCGAAGGGGAAGAAGAAAGAAAAGGACAUGGACGAGCUGAAGAAGGAAGUGGAUAUGGAUGAUCACAAAUUGACCCUGGACGAGCUCAAUCGCAAAUAUGGAACAGACCUCAGCAAUGGUUUGACGAGCGCAAAAGCUGCUGAGAUUCUGAUCCGCGAUGGACCCAACGCCCUCACUCCUCCUCCGACCACCCCCGAGUGGGUCAAAUUCUGCAAACAGAUGUUCGGCGGUUUCUCCAUGCUGCUUUGGACUGGCGCCGUCCUCUGUUUCCUGGCUUAUGGCAUUCAGGCCGCAAUGGAGGAUGAGCCCGCAAAUGAUAAUUUGUACCUAGGUAUCGUGCUGUCUGCUGUUGUCAUCAUCACUGGCUGCUUCUCCUACUAUCAAGAGGCCAAGAGCUCCAAGAUCAUGGACUCCUUCAAGAACCUGGUCCCGCAGCAAGCGCUGGUUGUCCGCGAUGGCGAGAAGAAGAGCAUCAACGCUGAGGAGGUGGUGGUCGGUGAUCUGGUGGAGGUGAAAGGAGGAGACAGGAUCCCCGCCGAUCUGAGAAUCAUCUCUGCCCACGGCUGCAAGGUCGACAAUUCCUCCCUGACUGGCGAGUCGGAGCCUCAGACGCGAACCCCUGACUUCUCCAACGAGAACCCCCUAGAGACCAGGAACAUCGCCUUCUUCUCCACCAACUGCGUGGAAGGAACUGCCCGUGGUGUGGUGAUCAGCACCGGAGACCGCACCGUCAUGGGCCGCAUCGCCACGCUGGCGUCCGGGCUGGAAGUCGGACGUACCCCCAUCUCCAUCGAGAUCGAGCACUUCAUCCACAUCAUCACCGGCGUCGCCGUCUUCCUCGGAGUGUCUUUCUUCAUCCUGUCCCUCAUCCUCGGAUACACCUGGCUGGAGGCCGUCAUCUUCCUGAUCGGCAUCAUCGUCGCCAACGUGCCGGAGGGUCUCCUGGCCACCGUCACCGUGUGCCUGACCCUGACCGCCAAGCGGAUGGCCAAGAAGAACUGCCUGGUGAAGAACCUGGAGGCCGUGGAGACCCUGGGCUCCACCUCCACCAUCUGCUCGGACAAGACCGGCACCCUGACCCAGAACAGGAUGACCGUGGCCCACAUGUGGUUCGACAACCAGAUCCACGAGGCUGACACAACGGAGAACCAGAGCGGCACCGCCUUCGACAGGAGCUCGGCCACCUGGGUGGCCCUGGCCAGAAUCGCCGGACUCUGCAACCGGGCCGUCUUCUUAGCCGAGCAGGCAAACAUCGCCAUCCUGAAGAGAGAUGUGGCUGGAGAUGCCUCUGAGUCUGCUCUACUGAAGUGUAUCGAGCUUUGCUGUGGAUCCGUCCAGGAAAUGAGGGAUAAAACCCCCAAAAUCGCCGAAAUCCCCUUCAACUCCACCAAUAAGUACCAGCUUUCCAUUCACAAGAACGGAGCUGAAGGCGAGUCGAAGCACCUGCUGGUGAUGAAAGGAGCCCCCGAGAGGAUCCUGGACCGCUGCUCCACCAUCAUGAUCCAGGGCAAAGAGCAGGCCCUGGACGAGGAGAUGAAAGACGCCUUCCAGAACGCCUACCUCGAGCUGGGAGGCCUCGGCGAGAGAGUCCUGGGCUUCUGCCACUUCAACCUGCCCGACGACCAGUUCCCCGAGGGUUUCGCAUUUGACAUGGAAGAGGUGAACUUCCCCACCGAGAACCUGUGCUUCAUCGGCCUGAUGUCCAUGAUCGACCCCCCUCGCGCCGCUGUGCCCGACGCCGUCGGCAAAUGCAGGAGCGCCGGAAUCAAGGUUAUCAUGGUGACCGGUGAUCAUCCAAUCACUGCCAAGGCCAUCGCUAAAGGCGUGGGUAUCAUCUCGGAAGGCAACGAGACUGUUGAAGACAUUGCUGCACGUUUGAACAUACCAAUCAACGAAGUUAAUCCAAGAGACGCCAAGGCCUGCGUCGUGCACGGGGGCGACCUCAAAGAUCUGUCUGCAGAGCAGCUCGACGACAUACUGAAGUAUCACACGGAGAUUGUGUUCGCCAGAACCUCCCCGCAGCAGAAGCUGAUCAUCGUGGAGGGCUGCCAAAGACAAGGCGCCAUCGUGGCCGUGACGGGCGACGGCGUGAACGACUCCCCCGCCCUAAAGAAGGCCGACAUCGGCGUCGCCAUGGGGAUCGCCGGCUCCGACGUCUCCAAGCAGGCGGCCGACAUGAUCCUGCUGGACGACAACUUCGCCUCCAUCGUCACAGGGGUGGAAGAAGGCCGCCUCAUCUUCGACAACCUGAAAAAGUCCAUCGCCUACACCCUGACCAGCAACAUCCCCGAGAUCACGCCCUUCCUCUUCUUCAUCAUCGCCAACAUCCCCCUGCCCCUGGGGACCGUCACCAUCCUCUGUAUCGACCUGGGAACCGACAUGGUCCCCGCCAUCUCCCUGGCUUACGAGGCGGCCGAGAGCGACAUCAUGAAGAGGCAGCCCCGAAACCCCAAGACGGACAAGCUGGUGAACGAGAGGCUCAUCAGCAUAGCCUACGGACAAAUCGGAAUGAUCCAAGCGCUGGCCGGCUUCUUCACGUACUUUGUGAUCCUGGCCGAGAAUGGCUUCCUGCCCUCCACCCUGGUGGGCAUCCGGGUCAACUGGGACAACAAGUACAUCAACGACCUGGAGGACAGCUAUGGGCAGCAGUGGACUUACGAGCAGAGGAAGAUCGUGGAGUUCACCUGCCACACGGCCUUCUUCGCCAGCAUCGUGAUCGUCCAGUGGGCCGACCUGAUCAUCUGCAAGACCAGGAGGAACUCCGUCUUCCAGCAGGGCAUGAAGAACAAGAUCCUGAUCUUCGGGCUGUUUGAGGAGACUGCCCUGGCUGCUUUCCUCUCCUACUGCCCCGGCAUGGACGUCGCCCUCCGAAUGUACCCUCUGAAGCCCAACUGGUGGUUCUGCGCCUUCCCAUACUCCCUGCUCAUCUUCAUCUACGACGAAAUCCGUAAACUGAUUCUCAGACGCAGCCCAGGAGGCUGGGUGGAACGGGAGACCUACUAUUAAAAGACCCCCCCGGCCAGUCCGCGUCCUCUCGUCCAUUCCCGUCUUUGCAUGAAUAUUGUCUUGCUGCUCGGAGUAAAAAUUUUAACCUCUGUGAAAAUAAAAUCGGAAUGUGUUUUUAUAUUAGGGAAUGCUUGAUACUACUAUUUAGACAAAAGUACUGAGUCGGAACGUGCCGAUGUCGGUAAAUGACAAUGCUAAUUAUGACACGAACACUGAACAUUUGACACGACUAUGCGUGCCUUGUUUCUGAAAACAGGACCAAUUUUAUACAUGUUUUUAACAGUUAUGAACGUUCAAUAAAAAUGCGCUCGAGUCAGGUCCCAAAAG